AAUGUUUUUGUCACAUGACAGAUGUCAGAGGAUACAAAUGUCUGAAUUUACAGCUAGGCACAAUUAAUUAAUUGAUGUUUUACAGUAAACACAAUUAAGGGUUACCAGACGUACAUACGGUGUAACAAGAUAAUUACCAGCAAAAAUGACGUCUAAUAAAUAUUCCAAGCUAAAAGAAGCAGAAGGAUGUCUCAAUCCAGAAGAUAAUGAAAGUGAAAGUACAUCUGAAAAACAUAAAAUGCUGAAAAAUCAUGCAGUUGAUAAACACCAAAAUUCAAAAAUUUGCUGUCAAGCUUUGAUAUUGUUGUUAGCAGGUGUCCUUUGUAUUUUAUUGGCAAAUAUUUUAAUAUUAAAUACCCCGUUUUCCAUAGGUCAAGGUAAAGGCUGUAUAUUUUCAAAGUUGUAUAAUUAUACGAGACAUAGCGGAUUGUUUCGACCCUCAUCCAAAUUAUCACCAACACCAGAGUAUGACCAGCAGAUGUAUAUCGAGGUUAUUGAGAUUGAUAUAGUAGAAGAUGUUGUUUAUCAACAAAUACCAAUAAAUGACAAUCAUCAGAAAAUUCCUCAAGAAAUACCAAUAGUUCAUCAGCAAACACGUCAAGAAAUGUCAAUAAAUCAUCAGCAAAUACCUCAAGAAAUACUAAUAGGUCAUCCACAAACACCACAAAGACCUGAAGAUUUUUUAAAAGUAAAUGAUGAUAGACACUGCAAUAUUAUGGAUGAUGGCAGAAAAUUUGAUUGUCACCCGGAAUCCUCUGUUACUCAAGAGAAGUGUGAAGCAAGAGGAUGCUGUUAUCAAGCCGGUAUCAAAGGUACCCCUCUAACUGUUCCCAGUUGUUUUUAUCCUCUGAAUUAUCCUGGCUAUAUUGUCACAAGAAAAGAAAAUAAAACACAAGGUUUUGACGUAUUUCUCUCACGGCUAACUCAGUCCUACUAUCCUGAUGAUGUCAUGGAUUUAAAAAUGGAAGUUAGAAUGGAGAAGACAUCAAGACUUCAUGUAAAGAUAUUGGAUGCCAUGAAUAGCCGAUGGGAGGUGCCAUUAGGAGUACCAGUAUCCCCUAGUCCAGUAGAAGAUGUUGGUGAUAAUUUAUAUGAUAUAACUGUAGCUGAUGUCGGACAUCCGUUUAAUUUUAAUAUUACACGAACUGGUACUGCUAAGAAAAUAUUGUUACAGACAACUGGAGCAUUUAUUUAUGCUGAUCAAUUUCUACAGUUAUCCUAUUUUCUAUCAUCAAAUUAUAUUUAUGGUUUAGGAGAACAUCGAGAUACAUUGUUACUCAGUGUAAACUGGUCAAAAUUUACUAUGUGGAAUAGAGAUCAACCCCCAGAAGAAAAUACCAAUAUAUAUGGUGAUCAUCCAUUCUAUAUGAAUCUUGAAAACGAUGGAAAUGCUCAUGGUGUAUUUCUUUUAAACAGCAAUGCAAAGGAUGUUAUACUGCAACCAGCUCCUGCUAUAACAUGGAGAGCUAUUGGUGGCAUCAUAGAUUUAUACAUGUUCCUUGGUCCUAGUCCUAAUGAUGUCAUAAAGCAAUAUACAGAGGUCAUAGGUCAUUCCUUCAUGCCACCAUAUUGGGGUCUCGGAUUCCAUAUAUGUAGAUGGGGGGAUAAAACAGUAAAUGAAACCAUGGACAUAGUAAAUAGAGUUGCAAAAUAUGAAAUUCCACAGGAUUCACAAUGGCAUGAUAUAGACUAUAUGUAUGGCUAUAAAGAAUUUUUCCUUAAUGUAACUGCUUUUGGCGAUCUUACUGGAAUGGUUCAAGAUCUGCAUGACAGGGGGAUGUAUUAUGUUUUGCUUGUUGAUCCAGCUAUCACCAAUUCAACUACACCUGGUACCUAUGCACCAUUAGAUCUAGGUUUAGAACUGGGUACAUUUAUUAAAGAUUAUGAGGGGAAACCACUUGCAGGAGAGAUGUGGACAGGAUCAUCUUAUUUUAUUGAUUUCUCACAUAUCAACGCCACAAAAUAUUGGACGACUAUCGCAGGGAACUUCCAUAAAAUAGCCCCAUUUGAUGGAAUAUGGCUUGAUGAGAAUGAGGUUACAAAUUUUAAUUCUGGUUCACUAAACGGUUGUCCAAAUAUUAGUCUAGAAAAUCCACCAUAUUUACCAGAUGUUGUUGGUGGAUCUCUACGUUAUCAAACUUUAUGUGCUAGUGCUCAACAAUAUAUAUCAUCAUAUUAUAAUGCUCAUAAUUUGUAUGGUUAUUCGCAAACAAAAGUUAAUUAUGAAACUAUGAAAGAACUUCGCGGAAAGAGACCCUUUGUUACCUCUGGGGCAACGUUUGCCGGUCAAGGUCAUUAUGGAGCUCACUGUUCAGGAGAUAAUAAAGCAAACUUUUAUGACAUGUAUAAAUCUAUAUCAGAGAUACUGACUAUGAAUAUGUAUGGUACUUCAAUGGUUGGAGCUGAUAUCUGUGGUUUCGCUGAGAACGCUAAAGAACAACUGUGUCAAAGAUGGCAUCAACUUGGUGCUUUUUAUACUUUCUCCAGAAAUCAUAACGCCAAAGGUAACACUCCUCAAGAUCCAGCAUCAUUUGGUCCCGCCUUGGCAGCAUCCACCAGAAAAGUAUAUUUAAUACGAUAUUCACUUCUACCCUAUCUUUAUACGUUGAUACAUAAAAGUCACAUGAUGGGUGAUACAGUUUUAAGACCUUUAUUUUUUGAAUACCCCCAUGAUAGUAUUACAUACAGUAAUGAUAAACAGUUUCUAUGGGGACCAGCAUUACUUAUAUCACCUGUAUUAGAAUGGAGUUUCUUUGAUGUAACAUCUCUAUCAGUUUAUUUUCCUGCUGAUAUGUGGUAUGAUUAUUAUACUGGUGAAUUAAUAACAAGUGAAGGUGGUGGUAAAAUAUUAGAGACACCAUUAGAUAAAAUAAAUCUACAUGUUAGAGGUGGUUAUAUUCUUCCCUGGCAGUAUCCUAAUACAACCACAAUACAGAGCCGUAAGAAUAAAUUUGGAUUGCUAGUUGCCUUAAAUUCUACAAGUCAAGCCGAAGGUGACUUAUUCUGGGACGAUGGUGACACUAUUGAUACUGUAGAUUUAAAAAUGUUUAAUAUGAUCUCCUUUGGGGCUAAUAAGAAUGGUGUCUACAGCAGUCCAUUUUUUAUUGGAUACAAGGAUGAACCCAUGUUAUUAGGAAAUGUGACAGUAUUUGGUUUACAGCAACAACCUUCAACAGUUACAGUCAAUGGACAACCUGCUUAUUUUAAUUAUAAAAUGGAAUAUAAGGUUUUGUAUGUGACCAGUUUCUCCAGUACCUUAUUACAACCAAUACAAAUAUUGUGGACAUUUUAAAAAUAGCAGAAUUAAAGCCAAUGCUCAAAUUUUUUCACGGCUUAAUCUAUGCUAAAAUGUACUUAAAACAUAUCUUUCACAACUUUGUAAAUAUGCACUUUGUAUACAAUUGAAUACGUAAUUGAACCAUUUUUACACUGGUAUUGUUUUUAGUGAUUUAGAGAAUUUAAUAAUAUUGUGAUAUAAAGGGAUACAGUCAUUAACCUAUGAAGUAACCUUAGUGUAUUGUUAAUUUUAAUAUUUUAAAUAAUAUUUCGUAGUUCACAUGUAUAUUAGAAAGUUGUUUGUUUUAUUUCUAAGAACAUUUUUUAUGAUAAUCCUAUAUUUAUAGAUACUCACUUUGUUGUACUUAUGAUGCUAGAGCACACAUUUUUAAUUUGAUUUUAGAAUAUAACAAUAUAUAUAUUUUGUUAACUAGAUAGUAUAUCUUCAAUGAUUUUAGCAAAUUUAAUUUUUUAUGAAACUCGAUUAAAAGGGAUCUUACCUUGUAACUAAUUAUUAAUAUAAAAUUAAAUUGUGUUUUGAAUUCUCUGUUGGAUAUAAAAUUUAUAUAGAAAACAUAGACUGGUUUGUUAAACAUAUAGCACAAUGUAUCAAUAAAUGUCCUCCUUUGCUUGAUAACGUUGAGGGGUUCUCAACGAAGCAUCGCUUUAAUUAAAAUAGUAUCUGUGUUCCUUAGAAUGUUUUUGUGUUUAUUAAGUGUUCUCUGGUCGUAAUCAAGCACAAAUGAUAGUUUAGUAAAAGAUAAAAUAUAAUAAGGAAGACAUAAGAUUGACGUUGUUACAAUUCAAAUUGAAGUCAGGAACAUAAAAUUGUUUACAUAUAUAGGAGUAAUUUUAGUGAUCUAAAAAAUGCAAAUGUACUGUAAGAAGAACUAUAUCCUUAACUUAUAUCUUUCACAUAUCAUAGCUAGAAACAUUGUUACAUAUCAUAGCUAGAAACAUUGUUACAUAUCAUAGCUAGAAACAUUGUUACAUAUCAUAGCUAGAAACAUUGUUACAUAUCAUAGCUAGCAACACCAUUUGUAUCUGGGAAAGUCCAUGAAUAGACUAACUAAUGCAUAAUAACUAACCACCAGAUUAGAGAUUAAUAACUUUAGCCCACGGCCGACCAACUAAUAUUUGUUGGCCGAACAAUGUUUUCCGACAAAAUUUUGUCAGCCCGAACAAUGUUUUCCGACAAAAUUUAGCCCAAACAAUGUGUGCAAGAUCAAACUUGUUAGAUUUUAAAAACAUUCUUCGGCCAGCAAAUGUUUGUGUUGGUCUCAUUUCCGUUAAAUUUCAAUAAAGAGCGAAACAUUUUAUAUAAACAUCCAAUCGGGAUUUCUUUCACUAAUGAUAAUGUGGUACAGAAAUGGCUGAUGUCUCCACUUUGUGAUCAUGUGAUGUUUUUAGUCAAUCAUGUGACAGCAUCAUCUGUCUCUUUUGAACAAAAGUUGGUCGGUUGCAUUGAACAUUCUUUGUUUGUGGGAAAUUUAAAAGGGUAUAAAACAUUUGUUUUGUUAAGAUGCUUUACAUGUUUAAUAAAUGUCAUGAAGCUGAUAAUUUGUUAUUCUGUCUUUUUGAAAUGUGAAGAGUCCAGGGGAAGAACGAUCGAAGUCACAUUUUUGUAUUUUCGCAUAAAAGGCAAAACAGACUUUUAGACGAGAAUGCUUGACGGAACAGAACAACGAGUGGGUUUAAUUACAACUUCAAAAUGAUUGUUCCACAGAAAGCUUAUACAAUUUGCUACCAGAUGGCGCUAUUUAACUGGGGUUCGUUGAAAAAGUGACUUAGAUCGUCUUCCCAGGGGCUCUUCAUGUCUAUUUUAGAAUUUAUGUUUUAAGAUUUACUGCUAAUCACAAACUAUUUUUCAUCAGGAAGUUGAUAAUUUGUUAUUGCUUUAUAUAUACCUGUACUUAAUCUUUUUUAAAAUGUGUACCACUAUUUUAUAUUUUUAUUAUUUAAUGGGUUAAAAUUUACUGCUUGUAACAAACUAUUUUUGGUAAUAAAGUUCUGUGAAUAUCUUUA